GUUGACGAAGCACUUGAGGCCAACGACCACCUAUUGCAUGCUUAUUUUACUGUUCAGUUCUUGUUGCUACAAUUAUACAAUUCCUUUUGUUCAGAAGUAGUUUACCUGUUUCUUCGUCAUGUCGGACGCAUCAGAUGCAAAAGCCGACAUUCCCCAUUACCGAACCGCCGACACAAACGCCCUUGAAGCCGCAUACUCAAUUGGGAUUAAACUCGGACAAGGUUCAUUCGGGACCGUUCGCCUCGUCCAACACAAGGAGACAAACACAACAUAUGCAUGUAAAAUCCUGCGUAAGCGACGAGGAGCCCCCACAGCGUAUGAACAAAUCCAGCGAGAAGUGGCAAUCAUGAAACGAGUGCGGCAUCCCCAUAUUAUACAGUUGAAAGAAGUUUACGAAACACCGAAAAAGUUCUUUUUGAUCAUGGAGUAUUGCAAAGGCGGCGAACUAGUCCAAAGAAUCAAAUCCCGACGGUCCUGUUCCGAGUCAGACGUUUGCACAAUCAUGUACCGUCUUGUCGACGCCAUCGCUUACCUUCACGAUCAAGGCAUUGUGCACAGGGAUAUCAAACCUGAAAACAUACUGGUCUCAUCCGACACACCAAUACCGCUACCAGGAGGUACCGGUCAAUCCGAUUUAUAUAAUAUAAAAGUGUCAGAUUUUGGAUUAGCGACUUCGGUGGAUGCUUGUACAAUGAUGGAAAACAUUGUUGGAACACCUCUAUAUAUGGCGCCAGAAAUCGUGCAGAAUCUUGGAUACAGCGCACAAUGUGAUAUCUGGAGUAUCGGCGUGCUGAUGUACCUCCUGCUGUGCGGGUACAGAACCGACGCAGAAAAGGCACUCCAGCAGAUGAUAUCGGAAGGACGAAUAGAGUUUCCGUCAAUAUUUUGGGCAGAGGUAUCUCCUGGUGCUCGCAACCUCUGCGAAUCGACUUUAAGAAUCGAUCCCGCCAAACGAAUAACGGCACGAGAAAUGCUAAUGCAUCCAUGGCUAAACGGCGAAGCAAGUGCAACGCCAAUAUCAGCUACAGUACUCGAUCUAAUGCGUUCCUACAAUGCUGAGCGCAGGUUUCGCAAAAUAGCAAACACGAUUCUCGCGACCAUCCGACUUCGGUCUUCCGACGGCACAAUAAAAUCCUUCCCUGCACCCUUUGAAAAGAACUCUCAACAGGGCUCUGAAUCAUCACUAUCAGAUCUAAGUCAAUGCAGCAGCCAUGAAUCUAUAGAUUGUUUGACGGAUGAUGAUCUACUAGGAAUUAAACCCGCCUUGCAAGCUAAAAGCCUUGUGUACAUUAAAACCACUGCAAAAAAGCCAAGCAGUACCGACCGGGAUAGGGCCUGCCGAAGUGUCGCCAGUCUCACAGCAACGGAAACCGAACAAUCUUCCAUGAAACCCCCGAGAUUAGCAUCGACGGAGCGUUUGAGAUCAUUGCAGGAUGCAACAACAAAACCAAGAAAACCAUCCUCCCAAACUUCGCGCAGGACACCCACACCUGAUUCAACCAUGCCCUCCCUACUUCCCCCGGCUUCACCAAAAUCCCAAACAUACUUGAAAAAACGCGUACCUUUACCAUCGACAUCUCCAAAACGAUAUUCGCGGACCAACACGCCGGGUGGAACCCCACCGUCCACACUACCUCGUUCAAUGGGAAGUGCGAGUGUCAGCCUCCUACCUAUUGUUAAAGCCGCUCGGCAGCGGAGCAAAAAAGACGACGACGCGGAAGAUCGUGUGCUACGAAUUGGCGAGCUGAAAAGUUGAUUCGAGAGAAUUACAUUGACUGAAUCCUCCUGACUAAAUUGUAUAUGUGAUGAUAUAUAUGUGACUCGAUACGAUGUACUGUUGUUUUCUUUUUGAUGAAUUCCAAGUGCACUACCAUACUGUGAAUGUCUGCAUCAGUCAUUUCGCACCAGAAUAUUACAGAACCGAAAUG